GAGGGAGAAUAUCCAAAUAUAGUUAAUUGAACAAUAUCCGGCGGAUAAGCCUAUCACAGCCCAUCGCACACAAGCACAGCCACACAAAUAACAGAUUCAGUUUCACACCGGCAGGCGGCAGCCGGAGCCGGCUACUGACUCGCUUCAACGCCGCCGUGCCGUGGCCUGGGGGCGUGCGGCGUGCCUCGGAAUGGCAACGGCCGGCACCGGCAGCAUCAGCGCCACCUCGUCGAACCUUCCAGCUCAGCAAAAGACCCCAAAUCCCAAGAAAUCAUGUGCUUUCGGGGCACCACUGAAACACCGGCAGCAUCAUCGCACGUGCAAGAAGAAGGCCGCCGUCCCGGUGGCAUGCACGGGGCAAGGCGAACAGCGAUCCACCCCCGCCGUCGCGGCGCCGCAGGAGGCUCGGACUGGCGCCACGUUUAGCGUCGAGUUCAGGACGAGGGACGGCUGCCGGCUGGGCAUCUCCAGGUACCCGGAUUUCGUGUACAAUGCCCAGGGCGGCCGCGGCAUCGGCGCCGGCGCCGGCAGCGGUGCGGAUAGUGGCACGAUUCUGGUCGAGUUCGACGUGUCGAGCCUGUACAUCCCGGCGAUGUCCGGCGCGACGACCAGGUUCCUCGGGCUGCCGCUGCCGCCGUUCCUCAAGAUCGACAUCUUGCCCGAGGCUCUCCGCGGAAACAUCGAUCCCGCAAGUGGUCAGGUUGAUCUGAAGUUCAGGUCGAGGUUCUGUUUCUCCGUUGGGAGCGUCUACCAAGCACCGCCGCUGUUCGUCGACACAACACUGACCUCCGAGGAGUCCAGUGGAGCCAUAAGACGAGGAACUGGAGAGAGGAUGGACGGCGAAGGGAGAUGCAAGCUAGUAGGGGUGGCCGUCGUCGACCCCAUUGAUGACGUCUUCAUGAACACCUUCCUCAGCCUGCCGACCGAGUGCAUCGCCUACUUGAACGCCACCAUCUCCAUCACUGAACCAAACUGAUCCUUGCCUGUUUCAGUUGGUUGUAUAAAUCUUAUAUGCGUGGUAAAACUGAAACGCAUGAAUGUUGCAGCACGAGACUUAGCACUUUAAAGAACGAAUGUAUUAUUAUUCGCACAGAUAUUAUAAAGCGGAAUUUAUUUUUGUCAUGAAAACCAGAGUUGGGCCAUGCGUCCCUAGGAGGUGCUUAGUUGGUAAAAUAAAAAAAAAUUCUAGUCACAUCGAACAUUUGAUCAAAUGUUGGAAUAGAU